AUGUCGGAGAUUCUGGGAAUUGUUAGGUCAGGACCCUGCAAACAUCACUUGCCACCUCGCAGCACUUUCUUCGACAAGGCCAUCUCUCAUUUGCUAGAGCUGCACCUGGCUCUUGCCUACUAUGUGGGCAAUAUAUUUUAUGGGCUCCCCUCUGACCCUUGUUUUAAGAUUCACCAGGAGAACAACAUUGUUCCUGAGGGAGUCGUGCUAAAACAACCUAUUAUGAAUGCCCUCAUGGUGUUACAGAUGUCUCAGGGAAAACUCACAAGGCUUCUUGCCUUUGGAGAUACUGUAGGAAGACGGUUUAUUGUCCCCUUGAAUAUAAUGCGAAAUAUUGUUCCUUUUCAUAUUACUGACAAAAGGAAUAACAUAAACAUCACAAAGAAAAUACUUUGUGGAUAUCAGGAUUACUGUUACACGGUAUCUUGUGACAAAAAUGCAGAGUCAUUCUAUGUGCCAUUGCUAUUAUCCCAUGAUGGUUUCUGUUUGGGGCUCAUGAUUUGGGCCAGUGGCUCCAUGGUUUUCAUCCUGCACAGGCACGAACAGCGGGUCCAAUACAUUCAUAGGAACAAUCUCUCCCCUAGGUUCCCUGAGAGCAGAGCCACCCGAAGCAUCCUUGUGCUGGCGUCCUUCUUCCUUUCUUUAUGGAUGCUGUCCUCUAUCUUCCACAUUUGUCAGUUUUUUUUUUUUUUUUGGUCCGUUUUUAACAACCCCAGUCUGUGGCUGAGGAACACUUCUACACUACUCACUAUGUGUUUUCCUACUCUCAGCCCCUACAUUUUCAUGAGCUAUGACCCCAGAGUGUCCACCCUCCACUUUGCCUGGAUAAGGAAACAAAACCCCCUAAACUUACCAUAA